UGCAUGCGUGCGUGUGUAAGGAACAACACAAAGCUCAGUCCUGACGCUGAUAGUAGGUCCCGGGACUCAGCGAGACAUUGGUGAAACUCUGCCUGGCCCCGCCCCUCAGUUGAGAGAGGCGGGGGGGGGAGACCGGAAGCCGCCGUUGCUAAGGGAUCGGCGUCUUGGUCGACGAAAAUGGGCCCUUAGCAACGGAGGAAAAUUUUGCUGCGGGAAGAUGCUGCCGAGCCGGGAAGGCACCCCGGGCAUCAUGGCCCGCCCGAGCCCCGAGCCCUCCAUGUACAGGCACAGGCCCGCCUCGGAGCUUACGCAGGACAUCUCCCAUCUCUUGGCAAGUGUCUUUAAGCAUAUGUAUACUUCGGAGGUGAUUGCAGCAAACACAGUGGAAAAUAUGAUCAAAUCCCGAGGAGGAGACAAUUCCCAUCAUGAGCAGUUUGUGGAAGAGUUGCAAAAGGUCCACAAUGAAUAUAAAGACCGACUGGCAGAAGCGGACAUGUUAGAAAGGCACAUCAUCCAAGCAAGGGCCCGAGCCACUGUGGAAGAGGAAAGGAUCCUGAACAUGUAUGGAAUGGAAAUUCCAGAGGACUACAGUCACCUUACAUUGCCACCAGUAAAAUCUACCUUCAGAUGGUGUGUGGAUGACAAACUUCUUAAAGAGCAUAAUUUAAUCUGCCCUGAAGAUUAUAUCAUGGACCCAGAACUAAUUACUCGAGCACCUAAAGAUGUAGCAGAGCCUGGCUACUUGCAGGAGAUAAUUAGUUUUAAACACCAUGUUUCUGACAAGUCACAUUCUCCCAGAUUCAGAAAAAACCCACACAUUAGCAAAAUUCUGGAAAAUUUGCCAGAUGUAUCAUUGUCCAGUUUAGUGUUGGAGUCUUCAUCUUCUGAUAUUUCCAGUCAAGCUAAGAAAUCAUUUUGUAAGAAGAAGCCUCAUCGCUCACAACAAUCAGCUUGGAAGAAUGACAUGACCCGAGCCGAAAGGCAAAAAGACCGCGCUUACCUCCAGAGACUCGACGACCGUCACAACUUCCUAAAGAACCCUCGCUUUUUCCCACCAAACUCACUUCAUGGUGGCAAGUCCUUGAUUUUGCCUCAGACGAAGGUGCAGCGAAUGAUAGCAGGAAGGAAAAAGACUGUGGUGGAAAGCAAUUCCCAGUCUGUGCCUGUCUUUCUAGCAAACCCGCCGGCUGUGGUGUUUUCUUACUAUGAAGUUGGCCAGGUUUAUGAGAUGACCAUAGAGUUACAGAACAUGACUUCAACAUCUCAGUGCAUGAGGAUAAUUCCUCCAGCUUCCCCUGCCUUUUCCAUUGGACUGGGAAAAUUUCCAGGCGAAGGAGGGCUUGUUGCUCCUGGAAUGUGUUGCUACUAUGUGGUCCAGUUUAUUCCUGAAUACCUGGCAGAUUACAAGGAUUACAUACUGAUAGAGUCACAAACGACCUACCCACUCCUGGUCCCUUUGGAAGGCAGGAGGCCACCACCUAUCUUAACGUUGCCCCACAUUUUAGAUUGUGGAGCCUGCCUUGUGGGCGGAGUGAAGUUUACAGAAUUUCUAUGCAAAAAUGAAGGGCCCAAUGUGGGGAAGUUCUGCAUAAUGCCAGAGGAUAUGUGGCCACCACCUCACUUCCGGGCUGUUGCCACUUUUGGUUUUGUGGAGCAAGAACCGUUUGGGAUUCGACCUGCAGUUUUUGAGCUAGCUCCAGGCCAGUCUACACUAAUUGAGGUAGUGUUCAUGCCCUUUUUACCGAAAAUGAUGUCGGUGAAGUAUAUCAUCGUUUGUGACAAUUGCCAGAUGAACGAGAUUACUGUGACAGGGCUCGGACAGCUGAUAGGUCUGAAACUUUUGUCUGUUUCCGGAGGAGAAAGCAGCCCUGUGCCUGGCGAGCUUGUAGAUGUAACAGCGCAGCAUCUCAUACGCUUUGCUGCUUUGAAUCCCAAAUCUAUGACAGAGAAAACUCUGGUUCUAAGGAAUCUGACCCACGUGGAAUUUCCUUUUUUCUGGCAGAUAAUGAAACCUAAUCUGCAGCCGUUAAUGUUGGAAGGAAAACCAGACCUUACCAAGAUAAAGUAUAACUUGGAGACGGAGUCAGCUUUCUCUGUAACUCCUGCCAUGGGGGUUCUGCAUCCCCAUACCAAUCACUCGUUUACUCUCACUUUCUUUCCAAAAAAGUUAAAGGAGUAUCACAGCGUGCUUCAGAUUGUGCUAGAAGAUAUCCCAGAACUACCUCUUCCUGAAAAGCUGGAGCAGUAUGAAAGUGGAGAAAGGCGCCAAGAAGAUGUGAUUGCCUUGGAAAUAGACGUCAAAGGAGAGACGGAACCAUAUCAGCUCCUUCUAGAACCAUAUGCCAUUAUCCUCCCAGGAGAAAACUACAUUGGUGUAAAUGUCAGGAGAACAUUUAAGAUGUAUAAUAACAGCAAAUCAUCAGUCAAGUUUACAUGGGGGAAAAUCAGCGAAUGUGACAUAGUUGAAGUUGAACCUUGCUCUGGAAAAUUAGGGGCAAAUGAAUCCCAAGAGUUUGAGUUCAUUAUUACUGGAGGGAAACCUGGACAUUCGUGCCAUGACCUGCAGUGUAAAAUUGCUCACUCCGAAGAGCCAGUGGUAUUGCACGUGGAAGCUGAUUUUAAGGGGCCUGUUCUUUCCAUUGAUGUCCCGUCAUUUGAUUUGGGCCUGCUUAAAUUGGGAGAAAAAGUCCUCUUCACUUUUGAGAUAGAAAAUCUAAGUCAAUUGCCAGGAAACUGGAAGAUUCAGGAAAGCCCUGAGUGCUUAGCAGAAAGAAAUGAAGAGGCCUCUCCCUUCACAGUUCAGCCACCUAGUGGAGAAUUGUGCCCUCUUGGCAAGUGCAGCAUAUCGGUUUUGUUUACAUCAUAUACCUGUCAGCAUCUUCAGACUGUGUUAGAGAUGGAAGUGGAAAAUGGAGUUGGAAGUCACAUCCCUGUUUCUGUGGAAGUUCAGACUCCCCACGUGUGCCUCCUGUCGAGUCAUUUGAAUUUUGAUCUCUCCGCUGGAAUCCCCGCAGAAGCAACCGUCCAGCUUGUUAACCAGACGCUGCUCCCAACAUGCUUCCAGUGGGGGGAGCUCCUUGGAAGCCAGGCUUCUUCCUGCGUGCUCAGCAUCUCUCCAGAAAGCGGCACUUUGGGUCCCAAUGAAAUUAUGGAGUUUCGUGUGAUGAUAACUACUAAUAUUAAGGAGAAGCUGAGUGACCUGGUCCUGUGCUGUAGCAUUGAAGAUAUGUUGGAUCCCCUCUUUCUGGCUAUUUCUGGCAAAGUAAAGGGGCUCCAGAUCACAUACUCUAUACCAUUUGACAGUGAUGAGGAAUAUUCUCAAGAUCUAAAGCUAGACUUUGGCUCUGAAGUUGCAUUGAAGAGUGUGAUAAAACGUCAGCUCAUAAUUACCAACCAUUCUGAAUUAGCUGCUCUGUUCUCAAUAGAGGUUGACUAUUUCAGCCAACCGUGUCCAGUGCCCUCAGAUGAACAGGGACCAGAUGGGUGCACCAAAACAGUAGUGGAAAAAACAAGGCACGUAACACUGCAGAUUGCAAAGAAAAAACAAUCAGCCUUCAGGGCAGCCAUGCUGUCUCAUGAGAAGGGAGCGACAUUCCACGUGCACCCCUCUGCGGGAAUCCUGAAGGCCUUCCAGGAACUUGUGGUCGAAAUAACAGCCUAUAACAACAUGUGGGGACAAUAUGAGGACAGUCUCAUCUGUAAGGUGGGAGAAUCAGAGCCUAUGUUGAUUCCCAUCCAAAUGACUGUGAAAGGCUGCCCAAUCUUCUUGCAGGUGACAGGACCAAACCAUCCAAUGCCAGCACCCAUAAUCAGGUUUGGAGCCCACAUCUCUGGAGGGGACACCGUCUCACGGUACAUCCGGCUCAACAACCCCACUCCCUUUGACAUCCGAAUGGACUGGGAAAGUUAUAACCAGGAUAAAGAUGACGACAAGCUGGUGGACCUCUUGGUGUUCUACGGAGCUCCUUUUCCAAUUAAAGACCUAGAUGGCAAUGAGAUUGAAGUCCUCUGGGAAGCCGAAAUGCUCCCAAAGAAAAUGUCUCGCAGCUCAGGUUCCACCUCCCACUUGUCUCCCAAGGAGAACCUGAGUUUGGACCCCAUUUUUGAGGAUGAUGAAGGAGAAAGCAAUGACGGUGAUGACUCUUGUCGACCUCUCGACCCCAAGAAAAUAAUCUCUGUUGUCCUCCGGCCUCACGAGGGGCUGCCCUCUGACUACCCCUUCUGCAUCACUCCCAAGCAAGUUGUUAUCCCUGCAGGCGGUGCCACUGCUAUCCACAUCUCCUUCACUCCGCUUAUGCUGCCAGAGAUCAUUAAUAAGUUUGAAUGUGAAGGUUUCGCCCUGGGCUUCAUGAGUCUGGACAGCCCGAUUGUUCGGAAGAUCCCUGGGAAAGUGACUCGUGGAGACGGUCACACCAUUGCGCCUCUGAGGAUUGAUCUGCAAGCAUUUGUCAAACCCGCUUUGUUAACUGUUGAAAUGGACCAUGAGAGUGGAUUGGUCUUUCACGCGCUGGCCAGUGCUCUUAUCCUGGACGUGCCCCUGAAAGGUGUUCUGACAGAGUCAGCCACAACCCUCAACGUGAAGCUCACCAACAAUACAGAGACUCCUCUGUCCUUCAAGUUGAUUUUAACGAUGCCCUUCUCAGUGUCUGGAAUAGACCCCAAAAAGAGCCUGAAGACAUCCCACAGUGGCAGGAAUGAAGGGGAACAUCACCUUGCACUCUGCGCUCUGGAAAAUAUGCUGGUGAAGGUGUCAUUCCACACAUCUCUGGAGUUAUUAACCUACCAACAUCUUCCAGAAGACCAGUUGCUACCUGGCCUUCGAGUGCUCGAGUUUGAAAAUGGAGAUAAAAUACUGGAGUUUAAACAAAAUCUAAUUAUUGAGUAUAGUAACAAAGCAACCCAGGUGCUGCCCAUGACAGCCUCCCUCACUGUCCCAGUACUUGAACUCUCUCAUGAAACAAUUGAUUUUGGCAUCUGCCUCGUUAACCAAACGAGGUCCAAAGCCGUCCUGGUGAUGAAUAAGAGCAGAUGCAGGAGCUACUGGACAGCUUUGCUAGAUGAAGAUGAACGGCACAAAGAACCUGAAGUGUUUUCCCUCUCCCCAAAUAAUGGCAUUCUUGAAGCACAUAAGGGUAGCCUGCCUACCAAAAUUCCUCUGGUGGUUUGCUUCACACCAAGGGAGGACGUGGAGUAUGAAACCGUAGUGGCAGUUGUUGGAAUGCUGGGGGAGAGGCCCUGCCCGCUCUGCAUCCGAGGAAGAGGAUCUUACGAUGAAAAAUAUGAGGAAAUGCGCGAAACCUAAGCACCCAAACACUUUUCCAGUAGCCAAAGAAUAAGCUGCUGAUGUACAUGGUUGGAAGUAAAUAGCUUCCCUAGCUUUGGUAAUGUAUGGUAGAAAAUAAAAAUUAUUUAUUG